GUGUCCGGGGGCGUGGUCCCAGGCUGGGCGGGGCCUCCGCGGCGAGCUCUCCGGCGGCCGGGGACUGACAUGCGGCGCGGCCGGAGUGGCAGGCGGGCGGGUGGCGUCGAGGGCAGCGGCGUCCCAGCCUGGGCGGCCCGGCGGCGACGGAGGUGCAACCAGGAGCCAUGGUCAUCGUGUCUGCCAGCUGCAGGGCCCCCGAGGGCCAGGCCCCACUCAAGCCCCUGCGGGUGGGCUUCUAUGACAUCGAGGGCACCCUGGGCAAGGGCAACUUCGCCGUGGUCAAGCUGGCACGCCACCGCGUCACCAAAACCCAGGUCGCCAUCAAGAUCAUCGACAAGACGCGGCUGGACGCGGGCGACCUGGAGAAGGUGCACCGAGAGGCACGGAUCAUGAAGCUCAUGAGACACCCCCACAUCCUGAAGCUCUACCAGGUCAUGGAGACCAAGGACAUGCUGUACAUCGUCACUGAAUUCGCCAGGAACGGGGAGAUGUUUGACUACCUGACGUCCCACGGGCGCCUGAGUGAGGAGGAGGCCCGCAGAAAGUUCUGGCAGAUCCUGUCCGCCGUGGAGUACUGCCACGAGCACCACAUCGUCCACCGGGACCUCAAGACCGAGAACCUGCUGCUGGAUGCUAACAUGGACAUCAAGCUGGCAGAUUUUGGAUUUGGCAAUUUCUACCAGCCGGGAGAGCCCUUGUCCACGUGGUGCGGGAGCCCCCCCUACGCGGCCCCAGAGGUCUUCGAGGGGAAGGCGUACGAAGGGCCCCAGCUGGACGUGUGGAGCCUGGGCGUGGUGCUGUACGUGCUGGUGUGCGGCUCGCUGCCCUUUGACGGGCCCAGCCUGCCCGCCCUGCGCCAGCGUGUGCUGGAGGGCCGCUUCCGCGUCCCCUUCUUCAUAUCCAGAGACUGUGAGGCCCUGCUCCACUGCAUGCUGGCCCUGGACCCGGCCAAGCGGAUCACUGUGGCCCAGAUCUGGCAGCACCGCUGGAUGCUGGCCGACCCCGCCCUGCGGCCCCCCGGGAGCUCCCAGACCCACGGCUGCAGCUCUGUCUCCGGCGGAUACAGCGAGCAGGUUCUGGGCUUCAUGCAGGGGCUGGGCGUGGACCGGCAGAGGACACUGGAGUCCCUGCACAACAGCAGCUACAACCACGCAGCCGCCAUGUACUACCUGCUUCUGGACCGGCUGCAGGAGCUUCGGGGAGACCACCUCUCGGGGCGCCCACCCUCGGCCCCCCAGCCCAGGUCCUGGCACGGCGACCUCAGCGGCCUCGAGGUGCCCCAGGAAGGCCUAACCACGGCGGAUGCCUUCCCAGCCGUCCUGCUGUGCCCACAGCCGCAGGCGCUGGGCCCGGCCUUCCUGCAGGAUGAGGUGGACUGCGAGCUGCGUGACUCCCUGCAGCCCCCGCUGUUCCCUGUGUUCAGCCUGGGUGGCCCCGUGGCCUGUCCCCGCUGCACAUCCCCCGGCCGUCUGAUGGACCCGGAGGCCGGGCCACCCCCCGAGGAUGACGCAGAGGCGCCCGGGCCCCCGCCCCCCUGCCACAGACACACCCUGGCCGAGGUCUCCGCCCACUGUCCCCCCUGCGGCCCCCCCUGCAUCAUCAUCUCCGCCUCCCCUGCAUCGGAGAGCGCCAGCUCUGACAGCUGCCUCCCCUACUUGGCCAGCAAGGGCCCCGGGGUGUCUAGUGGCCACCUGGCUGCCCGGGAGCUGCUGGGUACCUGCUCCCCGCUCCGACUGGCCUCACCCCUGCUCGGCACCCAGUCGGCCACCCCCGUGCUUGAGGCCCCGGGUGCCCCGGGGGGCCCCGCCCUGCACCCCGUCAGCUUCCAGGAGGGACGCAGAGCCUCCGACACCUCCCUCACCCAAGGCCUGAGAGCCUUCCGGCAGCAGCUGAGAAGGAGCCUACGAGGCCUGCUGGGACUCAGCAAAGUCAAGGGCCCCGGCCGCCAGCCCUGCCUGUCCUCCACGUCCCCAUGGGCACCCCUGCCUGUGGCCACCCCCGGGUCGGGGCUGCUGGAGGGGGCCCUGCACCAGCCGAGGCAGGUCCCCGGGGAGGCCGGGUGGGGGACGGUUGCCUGCUCCUCCCCUGUCGCUGGGGUGCGGUCCUGCAGCCGGGCAGUGCUGGAGGGGUUGACGUGAGCGUGUGUCCAUGUGUCCUAUGGCCUUCUGUCCUCAGGUGGCUCCAGCUCCGGCACCACCCGGCCCCUCCGAGCUGCCAUCCGAGUCCCCCAGGCCCCCCGCCGGUGCCAGCCCCGGCCCCCCGUGACACCCGCGUCGUCUCCCAGCUGCCUGGCGCCCUGCUGGUCACCCCGGCGCUGCUGCCGUCCCUGCUCCUCCCGGCUGGUGUGUCCGCCGUGGCCUCGGCCGCCCAGCUCCCGGACGCCCACCUUCCGCUCGGCGAGCCCCUUGGCCCGGCCCUGGCGCCGCGGCUCCCGGCGGGGCUGCCCCAGGGGGACUGUGCACUGGAGGCGCUCGGCCCCCCGGGCACCUUCGUCCUGGUGCAGUGAGGCUGCCUCUGUCUCGGCUGUGAAGGCUCCCGCCCGGAGCCAGAACUCUGGAAGCAAAACAAGCAAUACGCCCGCGAGGCUCCUGGGGCCGAAGCCUGGGUCCGAGGCUGCUGGAGACAGGAUAGCGGAGGGAGGGGCAUGUGGUUGUGUGCUGGGGGGCACGGCGGAGGGAGCGGAGUGGGGAGGUGCCCAGCUCCUCAGGAGGCCCUGCCCAUUGUGCCGCGGGGCCCUGCUUCCGUCAAGGACGAUUCUCCGUUCCUGGAACGACCCCCUCAGGUGAAAACUGUGAACUUUCUGGGUCGCCUCCCCGAGGCUGGAGACGCUGCUGGGGGGGUGCCCAUGGUGUGUGUGGGGCAAACGAGGAACCCCCAAACACUCCGUUUAUUUCUGCUGCUGAUUCACUUUUUGUGCUGUUCAUGAUCAGGGUCCAAGAUGCACUCUGCUUGGGUGCUGGACACAGUAACCUCUGGGUGCUGGGCACAGUAACCUCUGGGUGCUGGGCACAGUAACCUCUGGGUGCUGGACACAGUGACCUUGGGGUGCUGGGCACAGUAACCUCUAGGUGCUGGGCACAGUGACCUUGGGGUGCUGGGCACAGUGACCUCGGGGUUUUGGGCACAGUGACCUUGGGGUGCUAGGCACAGUAACCUCAGGGUGCUGGACACAGUGACCUCUGGGUGCUGGGCACAGUGACCUCGGGGUGCUGGACACAGUGACCUUGGGGUGCUGGGCACAGUGACCUCGGGGUGCUGGGCACAGUGACCUCACAGGCCCGGGGACAAUGACCCUGGAGUGCUGGACAGUGACCUCACCCCACUCCCUCUCACCGCAGGAGACAGAUACACUACUCAUACUUUUUUAUACUUUUUUCCUGUGUCCUGGGCAGCCUCCCCUGGAAGUCCCCAGGCAUGGCUGGCUGCAGGCCACCUGCCCACCUUCCUGGAUGGCUGCCCUCCCCCCAGCCAGGCAGGAUGGCCGGGCCCUGGUGCCUGAGUGUUAGCCCUACGGGGACAGGACCGGGGGCCCUGGGGAAGCCAAAGCUGGCUGAGUUCUGUCCCUCUGUCUGUCCAUGGACCUGCCAGGCUGGGGCCUGUGCCCUGGGGCUGCCCUCAGGAAUCUGGGGUCUGGGGACAGGAGCCUGGGGCCUCCCUGCCGCUCAGGUCCGCACAUCAAUGGGCCCGGGGUCUGGCCCAGCACUUUACCCCUGGUGGCCCAGCCCCGCUGCCAGGACCCAGGCCGUGCGGGUUCUGUCACUUUGUUACCGUCUGUAAGACACACCCAGCGGCUCUUGGGAUGUUUUCUAAUUUGAUAUUUACAUAAAUAAACUGUUUGGGAACAGA